AUGUCGCCUCGCGCCGCCAUCGCCCUGCCUGAUAGCGUCGGCCGUGUCGUCAUGAGCCCGUCAGCCACUGCCGCAGCCGCCGAUCGGGCCACCGACGUGAGUGAAACGCCCGUGACGCUCAACAUCGACGGCCAGCCCGUGGAAGUGGCACCGGGCACCACCAUUCACGGUGCCUGCGUGCAGGCCGGAGUUGACACCCCGACGCUGUGCUGGGCCGAGAACCUGACCCCGGUCAACGUGUGCCGGGUCUGCGUGGUGGAGCUGGAGGGCUCCCGGGCCCUGGUGCCAUCGUGCUCCCGUCCCGCGGAGGAUCAAAUGGUGGUCCAGACCGACUCCCCCCGGGUGCGCCACAGCCGCCGCAUGGUGCUCGAGUUCCUGGGCUCGGGCGUGGACCUGAGCCAGGCCGACGACCUGCACCAGUGGAUCCAGGCCUACGGCGCCGACCCCGACCGCUACAGCGACGAGAACCACCCCGUCGAGCGAGUCGACGAGCCGGUCAAGAUCCAGGACGAGCUCUACAUCCGGGGACUACUCGAAAACACGUUCGCCAUCGCGGUGGCCGGCCGGGGCUUCGAUGCCCGGAUCUCCACCGAGUUCGACGUGACGCUGCCCGACUCGGCCUGCGUGUACUGCGGCAACUGCGUGGGGGUGUGCCCCACCGGCGCGCUGCAGUUCAAGACCGAGUACGACCUGCGUGAGGUCGAGGAGUGGCGUCCGGAGGACCAGACCGUCACCCGCACCGUUUGCUCCUACUGCGGCGUGGGCUGCAACCUCGACCUGCACGUGCAGGACGAGCGGAUCGUCAAGGUCACCUCGCCCGCCGACCAUUCGGUGACCAGCGGCCACCUGUGCAUCAAGGGCCGCUUCGGCUGGCAGUACGUCCACGGCGAGUGA